ACCGUUCAAACUAUCCUCAAAAAAAAAAAAUGAGUUUUGACAUAACGUGUCAGUCAAUGUCAAUUUAAAUACUAGUGUUGUUAAAAACUUAAUAAAAUUUUAGUGAAAAAAAAAUGGACCAUAUAACUCGGAAAUGCCUUCACCGUUAACUCAAAGACAGCUGCGACGUAGAUCAUUAUAUACUUCGCUAUAUUACGCUACCAGGGCGAUCGAUGAAAUAGCUUCGGAUAUGCAGACUGACCGUUGCCGGUGGUCCAGGAGUCUGCUGGGACAUAGCUUCAGCAUGCCUCCGUUGUCUUCGUCAGAACGGAAUGACUGUGGCACGGUUAAUUUCUUUAAGGCGUGGCUAAUUGAACACGAGGAGGCGCAGGUGAUGUUGGCCAGUUUCCUGGUGGUGAUUGGUCUGUGGUGGCUGCUCCGUGCUGUCCUGACGUUGUUGGUUAAUUUGAUUAUACCAGUGCUCGUCGUGGUUUUGGCUGUUGUCUGCGUACCUCAGCUCCGUGCGCCGCUAUUGGGACAAAACUAUCCGGCUCUGGCGAAUCUAUUGCGAAGUAUAUUGAUGAAAAUGGCGGAAAAUAUCAAAACGUGAUUUAUUUGUUGGAAAAACUUUUCAUUUGGUUAAGGAAUAGUUGGAAAUGUUGUUUGAAAUAAUGAAGUUGAAUUUGGGUUUACUGAA